GUGACGGUCACGGUGGCAUUGAAGCCAUUAGCGAGCGCGUAGGUCAUCUGCAAUGUCUUGUUACAACAUUACGCGCUCGGCGGAACAAUUACUAGACUCGUAUGAAGACGCUGCACCAUCUUUCUCAGUCCAUCUCUAUCCCGACUACUGGACGCUCAACAACGGAUCCAAAUUCCUGUACAAUAAUCCUAUCGCGUCAAUCCUUGAUGACGUCCGAGCGCACCGAAUACCGGUCGACUACCUUGAGCUUUUUGACUCCGCACGCGUGCCAUUCUAUGAUGGUUGCAUGAUUGUAGAGCUAUUAGACUACCGCCCAAAGAAAGUAAAGGACCCACCUCUCGAGAACCCUGAACGGAGCCGUGUUGCUCUGCACCCGAAUGACGAGACACUCUGGGCGAAUCUAUGUCUCAUGAACCAGCGUUCAGGCAAUAAGUUCACAGAUACAGAAGUACUUGAACUUGAAGCACAGAUACUGCUGCAAACAUCACCUCCCCUAUGUCUCGACCCAGACCCACAUCUAACCCGUAUUGCAAAUCAUACCCUCAGAGUUUCUACUCCAAGUAUACCCAUUUCCUUGAAACGCAAAGCAGCCGCUAUUACACCCGAGGAAGAUGAGUCUGACAAGACUCGUCGGGCCAAGAUCAUGCAGUUCAUGAACCAGAGACAAAAUCGGUCUCACGCUCCAAGUUAUCGGAUAUUGGACGCAAUUCGUCGUGUUAAGGAAGUUCGCAUGGCGGUUGGGUUAGAAACACAGCCUUAUCUCAAAGCCCAACUGGCACAAGCUGCCGCCCAGGCUCAAGCUCAAACUGAGGCUCAGGCUCAAGCAGAUUCCCAAGGUCAGAAUCAAGCACAUGGUCAAAUACCAGCUCCUACGCCUACGCCGCAACCCCAGGCUGCUCAACCACAACCUACUCCCGUCCCAGCUGCUCCCGUACCGGCGUCAACACCAGCUCCCCAGCCAGUUGCUGACCAGAAACCCAAGCCAACAAAGAAGAAAGCCGAUGUGACGCAGACUUUCCAAAUUACUCCCGAGCUGUCACGCUCUUCCGCCACCCCUGUCCAACAUCUCGCUGUGAACCAGCUUCAAUCACAGCCGCGGCACGCUACCUCCCCCUCACCCCGUAUAAGCGCGCCUUCGCCGCUCCCGUCUGUACAGUCACCUGCGUUCACGCAAUCACCACGCCCUCGAUCAUCGCAAGCACCACAAUCCUCACCUCUCGCAGCUGGCUCACAACUCCCCCAAAUACAACGCCCUCCAACCGUCGUCCAUCAAUUCUUACCAAUUGCUUCGCCGCAAAGUUCUCAUUCUCAACCUAAAGCUGCUACGCCCCAAGUGGCUUAUCCAUCUCAGCCGACGCCUUCUCCUGCACAAGCCGGGCAACAAGCUGGCGCAGCGCAGCUGGCUCCUGGACAACAUCUGAUGCAGCAGCAUGCUCAAGCUCAAGGGAUAUAUCAGCUUCAGAUGCAACAAUCUCGAUUGAUUCAGGCUCAGGCGCAGGCUCAGGCCUCAGGUGCAGGCGCAGGCGCAGGCUCACGCUCAAGCGCAGGCUCAAGCUCAUCACGCACAAGCUCAUCAGGCCCAGGCCCAAGCUCAUCAGACCCAAACUCAUCAGGCCCACCACGCACAGGUGCAGGCUCAAGCACAGGCUCAAGCUCAGGCUCAGGCUCAAGCUCAGGCUCAAGCUCAGGCUCAGGCUCAAGCUCAAGCUCAAGCUCAAGCUCAAGCUCAAGCUCAAGCUCAAGCUCAGGCUCAGGCUCAAGCUCAAGCACAGGCUCAAGCACAGGCUCAAGCUCAAGCUCAGGCUCAGGCUCAAGCUCAAGCUCAAGCUCAGGCUCAGGCUCAGGCUCACCACGCACAAGCUCAGGCUCAAGCUCACCACGCACAGGUGCAGGUUCAGGCUCAAACCCAGCCACAAGCCCACGUGCAAGCCGAGCGUAUGACACCGCAGAAUUCACAAUCGCGAAGCCCCUUGCCCGGACAUCCUACAGCUCGAAACAGCCCGAUGCUCCAGAGCCAAGCCAGAGGCUCUCCCAUGCUCCAAAGCCAGGCCAGAGGGUCGCCCAUGCCCAAUUCCAACCCGCUCCCACCUCAACCUACACAACCUGCACAACACCCGGGCAUGGCGCAGCAGCAGUACAACUUUGCACCAAUGCAGUACAGGCCGGCUGGGCAGGACCAGCAACAGCACCCAAUAAUGAUACCACAGUACCAGAUGUAUCCGUAUCACAUGAGCUAUCCCAUGCCUGGACGACUGCAGCCGAACUAUCCUCAGUGGAGUGCUGGACGGGGAAUGCCAAAUCAGGCCCAGGUGAAUGGGCAGGCAGCGGUGGGGAUGCAGCAGCAGCAACUACAGAUGCAAAUGAUGCAGAUGCAAAUGCAGCAGAUGGCAGCUGUAAAGCCUACACAGGGAACAGGACGGUAGUAUGGCACUUUUGUAUUAUUAUUCGUGUUUCUAAUGAUGUGCUACUACGGUUUUGUGGGGAUUGUUUGUGCUGUGUGAUUAUAGAAGACGGACUACAGUAGGCUUAUUCUAUGUCUAUGAUACAAUUUUUAUCAGUGAUCAUCUGGAUCUGGAAUUUAAUCAAUGUCAUGUAUACGAUCGCGCGUGCCUCAUGAAA